UUUCUUUCUGGAGUACAUUGGUCCUCGCCGCGUUCCGUAGUGACGUCGCAUCCAAAACAAGUGAACGCUACCGGGUUCGGUUUGUUGGUGAUUUAAAUUCUGCUCUGCUGGGGUUAUUAGUUUUUUUUUUUGUCACAAUGUCUCAGGACCCCUGGUUGCAGAAUUAUGAUGCCACUUGUCGCCUGGCACAGGAAGUUGCAGAAAACAUUCAUGAAAGGAACAGGCAGCAGAGAACAGGGGGGAACCCAGCCAAGAUUAACAUGACGCUACGGGCAUCGCUCCAGAAACUAAAGCAGAAUAUUUCCCAGCUCAGAGAAGGCUUGUUGCGAAUUUCCUCAUCCCGACGCAUAAUGCAGUCAGAAGCUGAUAGGAGGCAGAACCUUAUUGAUGACCUGCUAACCAGAGAGAAGCAGCUCAACGCAACAUUCAAAGGAGAUGCCACAGAGCCCGAACCUACUAGGUCCACGCUGAUGAGUGGAGGAACCGCAGCCAGCGGAGGAAGUGCUAACCCCUGGCUCGUCAACGAGUCGGAGGAGACCAAAGGGCUGACCUUUGGAGAGAUUAAACAGCAGCAUCAGAGAAUCAUUCAAGCCCAGGAUGCAGGCCUGGAUGCGCUCGCAGCUGUCAUCAGCCGACAGAAGAUAAUGGGCCAAGAUAUUGGCAAUGAGCUGGACGAACACAACGAAAUCAUCGAUGACCUCGCACAGCUCGUCGACACGACGGACAGCAGGAUUCGAAAUGAAACACGAAGGGUGAAGCUGGUGGAGACCAAGUCAGCGUCCUGUGGGAUGCUGGUGGUGAUCAUCCUGCUUCUCAUAGCCAUCGUAGUGAUCGGAGUGUGGCCUAUGUAGCUGACGGAGGAGCCGCUGGACUUGCGGUGGACAAGCCUACUCUGACGCAGAGAUGAAAGUAAACGAACACUGAUGCACCUCUGUCUCUCACUCCGGUCAGUGGGGAUCAACACAAAUGUGAGAGGAAGAUUCGUCUUAAGGAAGCACAGUUUGAUGAUGUCCACACAUCUGUUAGCUGAAUUUUCUGUGCAUUAUUUAAAUGUUGAGGGUAUAAAUGUUACUUUAUGAUGGCCAUACUCUUAACGGUACCCAUCAUCCAGAUGUUUUCUCUUUUGUGAUCAUUUGACCUGAUAUUUGUAGCCUGGUUUGUGGGGAACAGACUUUCCUCUCUGGGGCGGAGCUAAUCUGCAGAGCUUCACCACAUUCACACUUGCUCUUAUGUAGCCGUGCUGCACCGUCCGCCACAGCCGUAAUGUUCUGAUUCUGUUUGGGCUUUACAACGUUUAGAGAAGAGUUCAGAGCCAAAACAAACAGCUCCACUCUGUUGCUAACGGGACUUUUUCCCUUCCUUGUAAAUCAGUUCAGCUUGUAGUUUCUAAUAAAUUCCAGUUAAUAGUU